AUGGCGAGAACCGACAGCAGUCCUCUCCGUCCAACAGAAGACAUUUUCGCAGACCAUCGACUACUGAAGAAGAUAGUCUCCCAACACUCGGAAGCUUUGCAUCGACGAUGGAAUGGAUAUCACACCCGAAAGAAACAUCAGGUCCUUCAAGGUGUUUGGCCCACCAUGCCAGCACGUCACCGACCCGACCUGAAGGAUUUCUUGACUCGAAACCAGACGAAGAAUGAAGAUCUAUAUCUAUGGCCCAACAUAAACAUGGAAGAUCUGAGCAAUGGGGAUAAUAUGCUUCUCAUGCUGCACUCGCGUUCUGCACGCCCCCGGGAACUUUUGCUGAAAGCGACUAUAGGCCAGGGCAUGAUGAUCCUCAAGGUUCAAGAACGAGUAUACUCGUUCUUGCUCGAUAUCUGCAAGUCCGUUCUGCAUGAUAUGCCGCUGUUCGGCUGGGACGAGUUGGGCAAAGAUUCAUCAACGACGCCAAUGGUCCCAAGCAAGGAUAAUCGGAAUAUCACUAAACUUCAUACCCUGAAAUUGGAGGCACCCUACCGGUUACCAGAGGAUAUGGACUUAAGCGGCAUCCUUUCCAUCACAGCCGCAACCCUUGAUGAGGCGACGGAGAAGAUUAUUGCUAUGAGAGAAGAACCCGAGUUUUUCGGCGACACCUUAGACCAAGUCAAAGAUCACCGCCGGGAGAUGAUUGGAGACGGAAAAGGAAUACCUCACCCAAUCGUCAAGCUUCCCGCAGAAGAGUUUUGGGAAUCAGUGGUUGCUGAAGCCGUGACAUCCUCUCUUGAGGAUGUGUGGCGAUGGGAUGCGGUCCACCGACUGCUGACCCGACUCAAGGAUUCAUGGGAAUCUUUCUGCGGUACGGAUGACCCGACUUCUCAGCUACCUAGCGACUUCGCGAAGGACGUGCUAGUCCUCCACCGACUCCUAACGGACCACAGCGAGUACCUGCUUCGCAAGUUUGCUGGGGCCAUCUUUGCAUCACCGCCGUUGCGCCACCACUACGUCCGAACAGGAAGUGUAAAGCAAGGGAUCAUCGAAGCGGUUUCCGACAAGAGCCUAGAGGGUGACGCGGCGGCACAUGCGUUAGUCAAUAUCGUAAAUUACUUGAUUGAUGACGAUAUCCGAUCAAUGGUCGGGCUCCCUGCCUUCAUCGAUGAGCUCGACCAUUUCCGCAGAAGGGAGAAGGGAACCAAGAAACUUUUCUCGUCGCUGGUUGACCAGUACAUCGAGCACCUGGCUAUCCUGUCUAAGGUUCACCGGCAGAUGGACCGACUUCCACGCUGGGUAACGCAAGCCUUGCAGCGCAUAUUUCGAGACGACCGCGCCAAGUACAUCGAGCUAUUCCGAGGGCAAAUUACCCAACUGGAUUCAAUUCGUGAAGGGAAGAUAUGGGCUCAAGUAGCCUCUUUAGGUGUCCCAACCAACGGCCGUUUUACUUAUCCUGUGGGAAGGAAGUACACAACGAAGAAGGUGCAUGCAUUACAGGCCGCCGAGAAGAACCUAGCCCUAUUUUGGUCCAGCUUCAUACGCCUUUACAAAAAGGCAUCCGGGCCCAGUGACAGGAUAAUUCUGACACUCGACGAAGCAAAGCUCUUACAAAUUCCAGAUUGGAGCGAACCCUCUGUCGGAGCGGGCUCACCGCCUGUGGAAAGAUUCCAACUCGGAAGAGAUAUCAGUUCUGCAGGAGAAUCCAAGAAGGAAAAGAAGCAGAAGCAGAGAGAGAAGGAGGAGGCUGCUCGAGAAGCAAGAGGAGCCGAGGAACCUCCCGAUGUGCAAAAAGAUGCGCCCGGUGAGGCACAACGACAAGAGGAGGAGCCGGCGUUCUUCGUCGACAAGCGGGCGUUUGAAAUACUACAACAGCUGUUCACUACGCCCAAGGGCGGUCGUGCGGGGGGAGAAGUGCCAUAG